CAGAGAGUAGAGCCCCGUCCGCCAUGAUCCAGCUGCCAAAGUGCUGCCCCUGCAUCCCCCUGUGGCUGGGCUGCCUCAUCAACGCGCUGGUCCUGUUCGCGGUGGACCUGCUGGAGAACCCCCUGCCCUACGACGUCCACUGCUGCGACUCCCUCAAGGCGAUCCUCUUCGUGCUAGACAGGGUCUGCAACAUAGUGCACAUCAUGGGCUGCUGCUCUCUGUUCGUCGCCUCCUUCGUGGGUCAGUCUGUCCUGGUGAAGGUCUUCCUCGGCACAAGCAUCGUGCACUUCGUCAUGCAUCCGGUCCACCUCGUGGCUAAGAUCGAUGUCCCGGCCAUCAUCUGGGAGGACGUCGUCCUGAGCGUACUGGCAGCUGGUGGGUCUCGGCCGAGUCCGGAGCCUGAGUCCUUCUCACAGAGUCCUCUCUUCCAGUUUACGGCAUCUACAUCUGGAUCGUGGCCCUCUCCUUCUACCGCCAGUGCAAGCAGGACAUCUUCUUCGAGAACGAGACGCGCUUCUCCCGCUACACGGUCAGCCAGAUAUUCUGACCUCCACCCCCGGAGCAGAGGCCCUUCUUGCAAUUAUACACACAUAUGUUUAUUUCCUCUAGAGACAAAAAAAAAAGGUGAGCUUAGCCAAAGGAGUUCCAGCGUGUCGGGCCUGCGGAAUCUGGGACGGGGGAGUGGGCUUCCUGGGGGCCGGUCAGCGUCCUAG